AUGGAUUCCAACCAACUAAUACACUUGGAUUCGGUUCCUAAUUUCAAGGAUAAGAAUGAGAUUAAACCAUGGUUACAGAAAAUUUUCUACCCGCAGGGAAUAGAGAUCGUCAUUGAGAGAUCAGACAGUCUUAAAGUUGUAUUUAAGUGUAAAGCUGCCAAGAGGGGCAGGAAGAGUCAGGAAGAACUUACCGAGGAAGAACGUUUACGGCAAGAGGCUUUGGCUAGGGAACAUGAAAUGAAGAGGAAGUCUAUGGGUAACAAGAGGUGUGUGUCGCGAUAUAAUCACUGUCCAUUCCGAGUACGGGCAACUUAUUCGCUAAAGAGGAAAAAAUGGAGUGUAGUGGUGUUAAAUAAUACACAUACCCAUCCUUUAAAAUUUAAUCCUUUAUCUGAGGAGUAUAAGAAAUUCAAAGAGAAACUUCGAGCCGAUAAUGAUGUCGAUGCCAUAAAAAUGUUUGAUGAACUAGAAUAUCGAACGCAACAUAACUUACCACUUCCAACAUCGAUCAUUCCUUGUGAUUGUGGUCUGACUAAUGAAGUGAAAAGCUUUGAUGUGGUAUUACCCAAAACUAUGGUACCAGACGAAUUAUCGGUUAAGGCUAGCGAAAUCUCAUUAAAGAAAGUAUUGGAAGAAGAUGAAAACUGUACAUUCUUGACAAAUCUGAAAAAAUCCAGUGCAAUCUCAAAGAAUAAAGGAGUGAAGCGAUUGAAACCCAAGCAUUCGCUAUCUGGCAAUACAGAAACUUUAAGAAAAAAUCUUCUUUGGAAAAGUAAUCAAAUUUACUAUAGUGAGACUGCUGUAAAUUCGCCGAUGUUAGAUUCUUCUCCAAAUUUAUUUGGAAAUCAAUUAUCUUUGUCUACACCAGAUUUGGUGGCAGCAGAUGCUGGCAGUAAUGGCAGUCAAAUAUCUACCAAAGCCUUUAGUGAUUUUAUAGAUGAUCCAUUUACAGUGGGUACUAAUGGCAAUGGUGCAGACUUCCAACCAUUCACAGCUUCAAAUACAGGGAAUGCAAUAACCAAUUUGGACGAGAUUGAUUUUACUAAUAUUUUUGCCAGAUCGACUAAUAACAACCACAAGCACCCUUAUAACUCUACAGCUAUUGAUAGGAAUGAUUCACCAACAUCAAAUGCUCCUUUAUCAGUAAAAAAUGCCUAUGAUGGACUUGAUGAUUGUUGGUCAAUAUACAUGUCACCAAACACUACCCAUGAUGACACACCUGUUGAUAUUUCCCCUGCAUCCUCUAAACUACAUAACAAGAUGCCUAGAAUUCCAGAGCAAAGGUCAGAUUCUUUACAACCGAAUGUUCGGUUUAAUGAUACAGCUUUAAAACAUGAAAGUUUAUUCACAGAUGACCUCAUAAAUAAGAGUAGUCCAAGACAUGACGUUGGAGAUGAAUUCUUGUUUGAUAAGAUGCUGAAUAAAGAAUUGACGUCUUUGAACGAAUUUACAGAGAACAAACAUUCUGACUAUCCUGUAAACGCGGGUUCAUUUAAUCUUGAUGUCUUUGGACCUUCUGUCGAUAACAAUGAUUCUUUGUCCACUUUAGAUUUUACUAAGCCUAUGAACGAUAACUUUGUUAAAUUAGAAGAAGAUCACAUAAUGUGA